AUGUUUCCACUAAUUAUUCGAAAUUAUGAACUCUUAUCUGUGGAUGAUGACUUAGAAGACCAUGAUAGAUCAGUGGCAUCCCCUCUCAUUAAGCAGAAAGAAGUUGCUGCUACAGAAGAAGUUGUUUUUGCUAAAGAAGAAGAAGAUGCUAAGGAAGAAAAAGAAAAAGAAGAGGAAGAUUUUGUUGUGAACAUUAUCACCACACCUGAGCCUGUGGCCUCUCCUACACAGGAAUCAACUUAUGAUGCCGGGGCAGAGCCAAAAAUUGAGGAGCAAUCCAAGGACCGUGCGGAACCUAAAAAAAAGAAAAGAAGAGAAAGUGUUACAAAGAUGAAAAAACAAAAGAAGGAGGAAAAGAAAAGAAGGAAGAAACUUCGUGCAGCCACAUCGAUGGCUGAGGAUAACUGA